CCUUGGCAUUCAUACGGUAAAAGUAGGACCCACGUUUACCCUCCUUAAUAUCCGUACGUUGAGACUCUCUCGCUCCUUCCCUCUCUCUUCUUGCCACCACUACCACCACCACCAUCACAAGCUUCAUCUUCUCCUCUGCUUCUUUUGCUUUCACUUUCUCUCUCUAAAACACACACACACACUCACACAAGGACACUUUCACUCUCUAAAACUCCCUCCCUCUCUGUUUCUCUCGCUGUAUCUGUGCUUCUGUUGCAACAAUGACGGACACGACGGAUGACAUAGCAGAGGAAAUCUCGUUCCAGAGCUUCCAGGACGAUUGUAGAAUGCUGGGCAGCCUUCUUCAAGAAGUGUUGCAGCGAGAGGUCCGCAGCGAAAUCAUGGAGAAAGUUGAAAGGACCCGAAUCCUCGCUCAGAGUGCUUGUAAUAUGAGGAUAGCGGGGAUAGUGGACAUUGCGGACGUCCUGGAGAAGCAGCUGGCGUCAGAAAUGUCGAAGAUGGGCUUAGAAGAGGCUUUGGUCCUCGCUCGCACUUUCAGCCAUUACCUCAAUUUGAUGGGCAUUGCCGAAACCCAUCACAGGGUUCGCAAGCAACGAAAUGACUCAAAUGAGGCAUCUCUUGCAAAAUCUUGUGAUGAUAUUUUUAAUCAGCUUGUGCAUGGUGGGUUUUCCCCAGAUGAUCUUUAUAAUAAUGUUUGCAACCAGAAGGUUGAAAUUGUUCUUACUGCACAUCCUACACAAAUUAAUCGCCGUACCUUGCAAUACAAACAUAUAAGAAUUGCUCAUCUUUUAGAUUACAAGGGCCGACCUGAAAUUACUAAUGAAGACAAAGAAAUGCUGAUUGAAGAUCUGGUGAGAGAGAUAACUUCGAUAUGGCAGACAGAUGAGCUUAGGCGCCAUAAACCUACACCGGUUGAUGAAGCAAGGGCAGGUUUGAACAUUGUGGAGCAGUCCCUUUGGACAGCUGUACCUCAUUAUUUACGUCGAGUUAGCAAUGCUUUAAAGAAGCAUACUGGAAAACCACUUCCAUUAACUUGCACACCAAUCAAGUUUGGGUCUUGGAUGGGGGGUGACAGAGAUGGAAAUCCUAAUGUAACAGCAAAGGUCACAAAAGAUGUCUCACUUUUAUCUAGGUGGAUGGCUAUUGAUCUCUACAUCCGAGAAGUUGAUCACCUCAAGUUUGAAUUAUCCAUGAAUCGGUGCAGUGAUAGAUUGUCAAGACUGGCAGAUGAAAUUUUAGAGCAAGAUACUUCAUCUGAGGAUCGGCAAGAGAGUUGGAAUCAGUGUUUUGGUAGACAUCAGUUGAACUUGAAGCAACAGGGUGGGACCCUUCCAACACAACUUCCAGCUAGAGCUGAUCAACCCUCUUGCACUGAAUGCAUUCCCAGAAUUGAACUUCCACGGACUGAUUAUAUGCUGCCGAAUCAUCAGGGUGGUCAGGACUCUCCAAUCUCAGAUCCUUCAUCCCAGAAUCCCCUUCACAAUGGGCAUAUGAUAAAAAAUGGAUCUCCAGGGUCUGCCUCUCGUAGUUCUAGUCAACUGCUUACUCAAAGGAAAAUGUUUGCAGAAUCCCAGGUUGGAAGGUCCAGUUUCCAAAAGCUUUUAGAGCCAAUGCCCCCUCAGAGACCUGGAGUUCCUCCUUAUAGAGUUGUUCUUGGUAAUGUUAAAGACAAGCUUAUGAAGACACAAAGACGAUUGGAGCUUCUUCUUGAAAAUCUUCCUUGUGAGUACAAUACAUGGGAUUGUUAUGAUACGACAGACCAACUUUUAGAACCGCUGCUCCUAUGCUAUGAAUCUUUGCAAUCAUGUGGAUCUGGAGUGCUAGCUGACGGUCGACUUGCUGAUCUGAUCCGAAGAGUUGCUACCUUUGGGAUGGUAUUAAUGAAGCUCGACUUGCGUCAGGAAUCUGGUAGACAUGCUGAGACAUUUGAUGCAAUUACCAAAUAUUUGGAGAUGGGUACAUACAGUGAGUGGGAAGAAGAAAAGAAACUGGAAUUUCUUGCAAGAGAGCUCAAAGGGAAGAGGCCGCUAGUCCCACCAAGCAUGGAGGUUUCUCCUGAUAUUAGAGAAGUACUGGAUACCUUUCGUGUAGCUGCUGAGCUAGGCAGUGAAUCGCUUGGAGCAUAUGUGAUUUCUAUGGCGUCACAUGCAAGUGAUGUCCUUGCUGUGGAGCUUUUGCAGAAAGAUGCACGACUUUCUGUUAGUGGGGAGAUUGGAAGGCCAUGUCCAGGCGGAACGCUGCGGGUGGUUCCUCUGUUUGAAACUGUGAAGGACUUGAGAGGAGCUGGCUCAGUGAUCAGGAAAUUAUUAUCCAUUGAUUGGUACCGGAAACACAUAAUCAAGAGCCAUAAUGGGCUUCAAGAGGUGAUGGUUGGAUAUUCUGAUUCUGGUAAAGAUGCUGGACGAUUUACUGCAGCAUGGGAACUUUACAAAGCUCAAGAGGAUGUUGUGGCUGCAUGCAAUGAAUAUGGUAUUAAGGUUACUCUGUUCCACGGGCGAGGGGGAAGUAUUGGUCGUGGAGGUGGCCCUACAUAUCUUGCCAUUCAAUCCCAGCCGCCUGGCUCUGUUAUGGGUAGCCUACGGUCAACUGAGCAAGGAGAGAUGGUUCAGGCAAAAUUUGGGCUGCCACAAACUGCUGUCAGGCAGCUAGAGAUCUACACGACAGCUGUGCUGCUUGCAACCAUGCGCCCUCCACUCUCACCUCGGGAAGAAAAGUGGCGUAACCUCAUGGAGGAGAUCUCAAAAAUCAGUUGCCAGAACUAUCAGAGCGUAGUCUACGAAAAUCCAGAGUUCCUUGCCUACUUCCAUGAGGCUACGCCCCAGGCUGAGCUUGGCUUCCUCAACAUAGGAAGCCGCCCCACAAGAAGAAAGAACACUACAGGAAUUGGACAUCUUCGUGCAAUUCCAUGGGUAUUUGCAUGGACCCAAACCAGAUUUGUUCUUCCGUCUUGGCUUGGAGUUGGAGCAGGUUUAAAAGGGGUUUGUGAAAAGGGACACACUGAAGACUUAAAAGCUAUGUACAAAGAGUGGCCUUUCUUUCAGUGUACCCUUGACCUUAUAGAGAUGGUUUUAGGGAAGGCAGACACUCCUAUAGCCAAACGCUACGAUGAAGCCCUUGUCUCAGAAAGCAGGCAACACAUUGGUUCUGAACUGAGAAAGGAGCUCUUAACGACAGAGAAGUAUGUACUGGUGGUUAGCGGGCAUGAGAAGCUAUCUGGGAAUAAUCGGAGCUUGAGGAAGCUGAUUGAGAGCAGGCUUCCCUUUCUCAAUCCUCUGAACAUGUUGCAGGUUGAGGUACUCAAGAGAUUGAGAAGUGACGACGAUAACAAUAAACUCAGAGAUGCAUUGCUCAUCACAAUAAAUGGGAUCGCUGCGGGGAUGAGAAAUACAGGCUAAGUUGAAGAAGUCUUGCAAUCUCUUGGAUUGGAUGUAAAACUUCUUUUACUGAACAUUCCACAUUUUUCUUUUUCCAGUCUUGCUUAUUUUAAGGGUUGCUGUUAUUAGGAAUCUAAGUCCCUGAGGAAUGUUGUAUGCACUGAUCAAUAGGUUUCAUAAACAGAUUAUACAGAUAAUUCUACUGCAAUGGUGAAAUGUUGAAUUUCUUUUAGUUUGCA